AUGUCCUCUUCUGCCGUUGCUGGCACAGACGCGACGCGUCCAGCGCGGUCAAGGAUUUUGACACCAAGCUCUGAAGGGAGCUCAAAUCACAAAGAUGAGCUGCGUUCUCCCGAGGGACACAAGAGGAAGAGGGCCGACUCAGUAGCCAUGGACCAUCUUUUGAAGCCGUCGAUUGCUAUCAAGCCUCAUCCUCCGAAACUCAAUGUCCAGCCUCGCAUCCUCUAUCCAUUAAUGGUCCUUCCCCGCGAACGUCUACCUCUCUCCUAUAUAGAUUUUCACGCUACCAAUGUUGAUCUUGCUUCGUAUCGAUUCUUCGAGUCUCAUAUCAAGAUCCUUGACUUGGAGAGUCGGAUGGGCUCUGGCCCCGUGGUACUUCUAGCCAGAAAGGAAGCAAGUCGUGCUGUGUACGCUCUUGAGCGACAACCCAAUGGAUUAUAUGUUGUAUGCAGGCUAGGACCCUGGGCAGACUUGGAGGCUCUAGCAGACGACGCAUCUGCUGUCUGUCGAGAACGCUUACGCCCAACUGCUAGAACCGAGUCUCAAAGCCAAUACGGGCCUUCCGUAAUCACCGCCCCGCACAUUCAUAACGAACAAAAAAUCAAACGAGCGGCCAUCGAAGCUAUUCAAACCCUUGUCCGCAAAAGGCCCAGGUCGCAGUCUGUUUCGACAUUGGCCGAGUCUGUGAAAACAGAAGCAGCCCCGGAAGCUGCUACAACCACAGAUUCCAAACUCCCAUCGCCAACCUUCAGAUCAGAAGAACUGGCACGACCCCUAGGCGAGCAGCAGGCCCAGUCAUCACGCCCAACAACUGCAAUUUCAACCUCUGGUAUAAUCGAGGAGCCUUCCCAGCAGCUGACUACGGAAAGCUUAUUCGAAACCUUAAGAACCCAGUAUUUCGAGACGCUAUACAAGUCCAUGGGAUCGCUCGCAUAUUUUGCCAAAGGACCACUCUCUCGUGCUCGUUCUGCUUUCCAUCUCGACCUUGACGCUAAUCUAGAUAUUGAGGAUCUCAUCGACUUCUUGAAAGGACUCGUUCUGACCACUGUCCAAAUCGACAAAAAGUAUCGUGAGACUGUUCCAGCUCUUAUAGCCCAGAUGAAAACUGUGGUGGAUAGUUCUGACGAAGGCCCGAAGAGAAAGCGCCGAGCCAAGAAGAUGAAGAUCGGAAAGGAUGGGCUCUAUCCACAUGAAGAAGCUCAUAUCAGAAAGUGGUGGGCCACCAACAAACCUGAACUGAAAGAGGACGAGACCAACGUUCCCACUCAACAAAUUCGAUCACUUACCUCUAUCCUUCGCACGAGAGAAACUCAGCUUCAGAUGAUAAUCAUAUUGGAGAUCCUGGCAUUGACUCCGCUGAAAUUCGCAGACGGUGCGGAAAAUAGCCAGCUCCCCCUAUUGCCUGAUGCUGCUGAAUCUCAGGGUGACGCGGUGGUUCCGUCGGCCAAGAAGCGGAGCAAACAUAAUCUUCCUGUUCUUGUAGAUGUCCACGCUGAUCGAUUGACUAUCUGGCAAUCUACUGCUUCCGACGAGCAGCUGCUUUUAGAAGAUUCCCAAAUCACUCAAGCACCGGACGGUCAAUCGCAGCAGAAGGCGUCAUCGGAGCCUCUGAAAGACUUUUGUGUGGACAUCAUUGUGCCAUUCUUCUCCCAUAGGCUCCCAGAGCUGUGCGACUCGAUCAACCGUAAAUUGGGAGGGCCUGUCAUUGUGAAACCUACAAGGCCAAAGGUUCUGAAACGACCAUUAAGCAAGCGUUCACCUAAACCAGGAGCCGUUGCCAAACGCUCCUUGUCAGGUCAGCCUACAAGGACGUUGCAAAGAGCCCUUUCGACUGAGCAGCAGUCGCGGCGAAGUGUUUCCAGAGGUCCCAGUAAUAUGAUUGCCCUCAUGCGCUCUGCAACAUCCACUUCUCUGCCAGGAAUCAAGAGAGAAGCUAGCGAUCCAUCUCUGGUUAAGUCGGCCCUGAACGCUGAGCUCGAUCUAAUGAAUAGGAAGAGUGGGCCAUUAUCUCGGAGCAGCAGUGUAUCCAACCUGCAAAACGCAAAAUCUAACAAAAAGGCUCAAGUCGAAGCAGAGCUAAAGGAGGCUAUAUCUUCUUUGAGGAAACCUAACCGCGAAGUUGUCGGCAAGGCAUUGGCUGAAGCGGCUGAGCGGCGAGCAACAGUGGGCUCUUCGGCCAAGAAAGUGAGAAAGCCAGGCAGAAGCUCUCUAGGCGCAUCCGUUGUGAAGGCAACACCAGCAAAUACACGCUUUCGAGAUCGGGGUGGCUUCCGCCAGAGUCCAACUCCUGACAUUGAGAGGAUCGGCAGUACGCCUACAAAAGCCGGAUCGAGUUUCAUUCGUCGGCCUAAGAAUGAUGAAGACGUUUUGCCAUUCCCGCCUUCUUCGCCUUCUCUAGAACGACGAACUAUAUCCGCUGCCGACCUGUUCAACCAGAGUGGAGUCACGAAUCGAAAAAGAAAGGUCAGUUUCACUUUUGCUCGUGAUGACGAGCUUUUGGCAACGCCCGUAAAGGGUAUGAAAACAAAAAACAUAGAUAUGGAGAAUCAGGCGGCUGAGCCCAUACCUGCUAAGUCGGUGUCAAUAUAUGAGAAACUAGGAUGGGAUGACGACCUAGAUGACCUGUUAUGA